GGGCCAAGUCCCCGCUGUGUGUGGCGUGCCGAUGACAGCCGCGGGGCUUCCUUCCCCAAGCAAUCGCGGGCGGGCAGGAGGCAAAGUUUGUCGGAGAAUCGGGGUGACUUUGCUCGGGGACCCGCAUCUGCGCGAAUGCGCGGUGCCGCGGAGCGCGUCUUGCAGCAGCUCCGGGCUGGGGACCGGCUAUCCCUCGCUCCCGGAACCCCUUCAGGGGUGUGUUCUGGAAAAGUGGUGACAUGAGCUAGAGCUGGAGCGGCAGGAGGGAGCAGCUCGCACCCCUGCAGCCCAGGCGGGGAGGGCGCGGACCCCGCGGUGCUGCCCUGCGGCCGCGAUGAGGGAACAGCCCUCGUUUGCCUGGCGCUGAUACUCGAGGCUGUGUGGCGGUAGUGGAAUGCGAAAGCCAGGACGGAAUGGAAACAGGGCCAGAAGACCUCUACAGGAUGCCUGAGGCAAGUUCUCCCAGGCGAACUCCCCAGAAUGUUCCCUACCAGGACCUGCCUCACCUGGUCAACGCAGACGGGCAGUACCUCUUUUGUAGGUACUGGAAGCCCACUGGCACACCCAAGGCCCUCAUCUUUGUGUCCCAUGGCGCUGGGGAGCACUGUGGCCGCUAUGAUGAGCUGGCUCAGAUGCUGAAGGGGCUGGACAUGAUGGUAUUCGCCCAUGAUCAUGUUGGCCAUGGGCAGAGUGAAGGAGAGAGGAUGGUGGUAUCGGACUUCCAGGUUUUUGUCAGAGAUGUGCUGCAGCAUGUGGACACCAUUCAGAAGGACUACCCUGGGGUCCCUGUCUUCCUUCUGGGCCACUCCAUGGGUGGUGCCAUCUCCAUCCUCGCGGCUGCAGAGAGACCAACCCACUUCUCUGGCAUGGUCCUGAUCUCACCUCUGGUUCUUGCCAAUCCAGAAUCUGCAUCGACUUUCAAGGACAACUUGAAGACCAUGAAGACCACUAUUGAAAAGGCAACUGAAGUGACGAUGGCUUGGAUACCAUAUGCAUUCCACCUGUGGGUCCUUGCUGCCAAAGUGCUCAACCUUGUCCUGCCAAACAUGUCCUUGGGGCGCAUUGACUCCAGCGUGCUGUCUCGGAACAAGUUGGAGGUGGACCUAUACGACUCCGACCCACUCAUCUGCCGAGCAGGGGUGAAGGUGUGCUUUGGCAUACAGCUGCUGAACGCCGUCUCGAGAGUGGAGCGUGCGAUGCCCAAGCUGACACUGCCAUUCCUGCUGCUGCAGGGCUCUGCUGACCGGCUGUGUGACAGCAAAGGUGCCUACCUGCUCAUGGAAUCAUCCCGGAGUCAGGACAAGACACUCAAGAUGUAUGAAGGUGCCUACCACGUUCUCCACAAGGAACUUCCAGAAGUGACCAACUCUGUCCUCCAUGAAAUAAAUACAUGGGUCUCUCACAGGACAGCGGCAACAGGAGCUGGGUGCCCACCCUGAACAAACUGGCCAGGCAACCAGCUCAUGGUCUGGGGGAAGCAGGCAGAGGAAGGGCAGUGCUGGCUGGCUUGAAAAAACAAACAAACAAACAAACAAAAAAAAAAAAGAAUCACAAAUUGGAGGGAAUCCUAGUGCAAUUUACUCUGAAAAAAAAUAAUAAUUUGUCAUAUAUAAGGCUACUGGCCACUGGCUCUGCCAGCCUUGGAGUAGGCACUUUAUGAAAGAGGGACUGUGUUGGAAUGUCCUUUGAUUGACAGAAAUUCGGCCUCUGCCCACCUCUCCCAGCUCCCGUGGGGUUCAGGGACUCUCUUGCAGUCCUAUGUCCCAGCCUGCAAUAAUCAGAGGUUUCUUUCCUCCUGUCCCAAGCCUUCUCUAACUGGUUGUUCUCUGACAUGUGAUGAGGUGGCCUGUGUCCCCAGAGCUAGCUCCUUAGUAGGCUCAUGUGCCCCCCUAAGGCACUUCCUCAAAAUGGGCAGCCACCCUAUGACCUGGUCAGCAACUUCUCAGAUGGAAGGCAGGCUGCGGGAAAGGAGGGUGGCCCUUGGAGCUCUUCUCCCGCACACAGUCCUUCCCCUGCUGGAGUUUGAUUACCCAGAGCAUGUUGUAUGCAUUGAGAAAGGCUCCUUUUCUCAGGUUACUAAGUGCUCCAUGCUGAGGAGGGUGGCUUUGAAGAUGAGUGUUUAAUAUAUAUGGUAUAUAUAAUCUAAAGACUACAUAUAUGGGGGUGGGGGUGGAGCCUGGACAGCUUUGGAAAAAGUGGUACCCACACACAGGGCCAGUCUGCUGAAGAUCCUGGUCCCCUAAUUGAGAAGAAAACACAGAGAUGGAAGACUGUGGCCUGGGCUGUCCCUCUAUCCAGAGCCACUAGAAGUCGCUUGCCAGUAGAAGCCCAGCUACCUCUGGUGGCAAAAGAGCCUGUAAUGAAGCCAUGGUGCUGGCUGCCUGCCCAGGGCAGCAAGAGCACUCAGUGGCCACUGCAGACAAGGACCACAGCUGUCUGCACCCCAUCACAGGCUGCAGCAGGACCUCAUAGAGGCUGUCCAGGAGCAGUGAAGUCUCAGGUGCCCGCCCAGAGGCCUGCCCCAGGCCUCACUUAGUGCCAGCAAUAACUGGGGCUCACUGCCCCCUUGGAGCACUUUCAUCUUUACAGAGGGGCUUGUUGUUACCUCAGGAGUCUUGUUAGUGCACAUAGGACCCUGGGAAGGGGCGCUGCUGCCAGGAAAAACUGCUUGGCUGCAGGGAGGGGUGAGUAGACCCUUGAUCCUCCAGGAAGCUGCAAUUCAGGGCCCUGUCGUCUUGGAAGAGGCACCUUACAACCUAGGCCAUGUCAUUUCUGGAGUUUAUUCUAGGUCCUGGGGAGUGCCCUCCGCCCUCUCUGGUGGCCCUGACCAUACAUGGCAGACAGAAGCUGGCCACCUACUACAGGCCAUAAGGACACUGUGCCCCUCAGCAGGGUCAAGAACUACAUGCAGGGGAGGCAGUGUCCAGGAGCUGUCCAGAGCUCCCUCUCAGAUCUGUGUCUCUUUAGAAAAUAAAAAGUGUGCUGUGCUAAGAGGGCCAGUCAGCACCCACAGCUGCUCAGGGAGCCCUGGACAGCAGGAGACAGGCAUGGGGGAUUUUCUUCUCCAUUAAGGAGAAAAAAAAAAAAAGACCCCACUCUAGACUACUGUGCUCCUAGGCCCAGAUCUGUAGAUCUGUGACUCUUACCAAGCCACCCAUUCUGCUCCCAGAAGCACAUGCUGACCGUGCCACUUUGUAAACCACAUGCUGGUACCUGGGCUGGUAGCUUUUGUGCAUGACUUCACUUACAGAGACAUGUGUGCAUCUGGUUAAAGAAUCACUAAUACUAAAAGGGGGAAAUGAUCUGAAAUUGGGAUUCUUGUGAAACCUGGAAGAGAGGACAGGGACAUGAAUGCAUCAUGUCUUGCAUGACAAAAUCUCUAUCUGUAGAGGGCUGGGCCAGCCUUGUGCAGACUCUGCCCUUGGCACUGGAAGAAGCCUGACAAGCCGAGCUUCAGUCACCCCAUCACCAGGAUGCAGAGGGAUUGGGGUGUGGGAGGAAUGCUAAGAUGCACAAGGCUUGGCCUGAAGAAGGUGGGAGCCAGCAAGGGGCCAUGAGAGCCCCCGCAGGUGAAGGAGAGGGAACCAGACCCAAGCACCUUUAAGAACACAGCACCUUCUUCAACAAGGAUGGACUUAGUGCCUGAAAAGCAUUUUAGGAAAGGGUGCCACCUGCAGGUAGUGGGGCGUCUCAACCACUAAGCCCCAGUCCCUCAGUAGAUAGAGGGGAGGAGCAGCCUCCCCAGCUUCUGGGUGCCCUGGGGACCAUCAUGAGAGCAGUUAGGGUGCUCAGAUCCCACCCCUAGGCCACCUCACACUUCCCUUUCUCUUCUGAUUGCUACUGUAACUUUCUAGGGAUCACAGUGGCUCACUGGUUUGUUUCUGUCAGCCCUGCUCAGUCACUCCCCAUAUGUACUCUUAGUGGGGAACCUGUACUGGCUUAGAACUAAAGAAACGGAUGUGCACUACAGCUCACCAUAAUAAACCAUGUGCUUUUGGAGA